CAGCCCCCCGGCGAGUGCGAGAUGGCGCUCAGCGGCACGCUCCUCCCCUCCAUCGCCACCUUCGCGGCGGGCGCCGCGGGCCGUGAGAAAGCGGCGCGGCCCGCGGGCCCCGGCAACCGGUGGCGGGAGGAGCUGUCACAGCUGAAGCGGCCGCCGCCGGCGCUGGCGGCACAGCCCGUGGAGGUGCCGCCGUCGGAGCUGGAGUCCGCCGCCGCCCUGGGGCCGCGCCGCGACGCUGAUGAGUUCAACGAGCUGCUGGACUUCGACUUCAUCCUCUCCAACUCCCUCAUACACCAAGAGCCCGCCGCCGCCGCCGUCGUGGUGGCUCCCGCCGCCUCGGCCCCUGCCGCCAGCCCCUGCCCCGCUGGGCCCUUCGCCUACCCGCUACAGCGGCCCGAGCCCGCCGGACUUCUCUACGGUGGCGGCAGCCGCGACGGGACUCCCGCUGCCGGCCCCGCUACUGCUUUCAACCUGGCCGAUAUCACCGACGUGUCCCCCUCAGGAGGCUUCGUUGCUGAGCUCAUGCGGCCCGACCUGGAUCCAGUGUACCUGCCGGCGCCGGCGGCGCUGCCGGCCCUGGGUAGCCUGCAGGGCAAGUUCGUGGUGAAGGCCGUGGGCGAGUACAGCCACCCGGGGCUUAGCCCCAAAAGCGGCCCCUCAGCUGCUGCGCCACAGCCCAAUACAGAGGGCCCCGGGGCUCCCUACAGCCCCUUGCCACGGAUGUGCCCCAAAAUCAAGCAAGAGGCUGCCCCGCCGUGUACGCUGGCACCAGCACCACCACCGCAUGGGAGUGGUCUCCGAGGAGUCCCACAACAUGACUUCUCUCUGGGCCUCCCACUGUCUGCCCGGACUACACCUUCUCUGGGGUCUGACGAGAUGCUGAGCAGCAGAGACUGUCUCCCUGCAGCCCCAGGUCUGAGCCACCCACCACUGCCACUGCCCCCAGGUUACCCCCCAGCACCCGGUUACCCCACCUUCCUGCCUGAGCAGCUGCCACCCCCCGCACUUCAGUACCAAGAGCUGAUGCCACCGGGAAGUUGUUUGCCUGAGGAGACCAAACCCAAGAGGGGACGGCGGUCAUGGCCUAGAAAAAGGACAGCCACACAUACAUGCGACUACGCAGGCUGUGGCAAAACCUACACCAAGAGCUCUCAUCUCAAGGCACAUCUGAGAACCCACACAGGUGAGAAGCCUUAUCACUGUGACUGGGAAGGCUGUGGAUGGAAGUUUGCCCGAUCAGAUGAACUUACUCGUCACUACAGAAAACACACAGGCCACCGCCCUUUUCAGUGCCAGCGGUGUGACAGAGCAUUUUCCAGGUCGGACCACCUUGCCUUACACAUGAAAAGGCACUUCUAAUUGGAAGCAACAGAUCUUUCCCCAGCUACCGUAGAGAUUCAGUAUUUAUAGCACAAGGACUGAUUUCUGCAAAAUGGGGAGAACGCAGUUUAAGCACUACAGACAAUUGAGGUGAAGUCUUCCAAAGAGUGGAAAAG